AUGGUGGCGCUGUGCGAGCGUAACAUAUGCGUUUCUGGGAGCUUCACCCUGCGCGUGGCUUAAGCCGGUGUGGGUAGAGAUUUCAGACAGACUGGUAGGGAUUUUGACUUAAGAGAUGGCUCUGAGUAAAUCAAUGCAUGCAAGAAAUAGAUACAAGGACAAACCUCCUGACUUUGCAUAUCUGGCAUCCAAAUACCCAGAUUUUAAGCAGCAUGUUCAGUUAAAUCUGAAUGGAAGAGUGAGUCUUAAUUUUAAAGACCCUGAAGCAGUCAGAGCUCUGACUUGUACUCUCCUAAGGGAAGAUUUUGGACUUUCAAUUGAUAUUCCACUGGAGAGACUAAUUCCCACAGUUCCCUUGAGACUCAACUAUAUUCAUUGGGUAGAAGAUCUGAUAGGUCAUCAAGACUCUGACAAAAGUACUCUCCGAAGAGGAAUUGACAUAGGUACUGGAGCAUCUUGCAUCUAUCCUUUACUUGGAACAACCUUGAAUGGCUGGUAUUUUCUUGCAACUGAAGUAGAUGAUAUGUGCUUCAACUAUGCAAAGAAAAAUGUGGAACAGAAUAACUUAUCUGAUCUCAUAAAAGUGGUGAAAGUACCACAGAAGACACUCUUGAUGGAUGCUCUUAAAGAAGAAUCUGAGAUAAUUUAUGACUUUUGCAUGUGUAACCCUCCCUUUUUUGCGAAUCAAUUGGAAGCCAAGGGAGUAAAUUCUCGAAAUCCUCGAAGACCUCCACCUAGUUCUGUAAAUACAGGUGGUAUCACAGAGAUCAUGGCAGAAGGAGGUGAAUUAGAAUUUGUUAAAAGGAUCAUCCAUGACAGUUUACAACUUAAAAAAAGACUCAGGUGGUAUAGUUGUAUGCUGGGAAAGAAGUGUAGCCUGGCUCCUCUGAAGGAAGAACUUCGUGUACAAGGGGUUCCUAAAGUCACAUAUACUGAAUUCUGUCAAGGUCGGACAAUGAGAUGGGCUUUAGCUUGGAGUUUUUAUGAUGAUGUAACAGUACCAUCACCACCAAGUAAGCGAAGAAAAUUAGAGAAGCCAAGGAAACCCAUUACAUUUGUAGUGUUGGAAUCUGUGAUGAAAGAAUUAUCUCUCAAAGCCUCAUCAUUAGGUUCCGAGACAACGGAAGGCAUAGUAGUUGUGACAACAUGGAUUGAAAAAAUUCUCACCGAUCUCAAGGUCCAACAUAAAAGAGUUCCCUGUGGAAAAGAGGAAAUUAGCCUUUUCCUAACAGCCAUAGAAAAUUCAUGGAUUCAUUUAAGGAGAAAGAAAAGAGAACGAGUGAGACAAUUGAGAGAAGUUCCCCGAGCUCCUGAAGAUGUCAUCCAAGCCUUGGAAGAGAAAAAGUCUCCUCCCAAAGAGUCUGGCAGUAGCCAGGAUUUGGCCAAGGGCCCCCAGGAGAGUGCCCUGUGUGGGCCUGCUCCACUGGAAGGCGAGCCUGUCACAGUUGAGGGCCAUGGCCCAAACCAGGAGGUGCUGUCCCAGGAUGAAAACCCAGAAGUCAUGGAGGAUGAAAGGAGUGAGGAGAAGGGAGGGGUGGGAGCUUUGGAAAGUUGUAAAGGCUCUGGCAAUGGAUCCCAGGACCGAGAGACUUUUGAGCACCUCAGCAACCCAGUGUCUGAAAAAGGGAAUCAUCUCCAGAGGGUGGCUGGACAUUACCUCUUUAAGUGUUUGAUAAACAUUAAGAAGGAGGUGGAUGAUGCCUUAGUUGAAAUGCACUGGGUUGAAGGCCAGAACAGGGAUUUGAUGAACCAGCUUUGUACCUAUAUACGAAACCAAAUUUUCAGGCUUGUUGCUAGUUAACUCCAAACUUUUUGCAUAGUUGUGAGAGUUUCUAUAUAUAAAGCCAUUUGUUUUGGAAUGACCAGUGGGGUAGCAAGAGGAAUUCUACCAUUGGCCCACUGGUAGCAUUAAUAGAAUUACCUUAAGAAAAAUGGAAAAAAUUAGCCCAUUUUAAAUACAAGUGUCCUCUAAUUUCCUCCUCCCUCCCCCCCCCUUUUUUUUUAAAUUACAAAGUAUUGUAAUCUGGCAGCUCAGGGAGGAAGAAUUGUGGUUAUCAGCAUCCACAGAAAACAUCAGUAAACCUGACUUAAACAGGCCACCUUAUCUUGAGACUGAUUGUCUGAAACCAAAAGGAUUUUUUUUUGGAGUCUGGUCUGAGUUAGAACAUCAUGCUCACUCCUACCCAUCAUUCCUCCUCAAAGUGGAUAGCUUUCCCAUCCUCCAAAUGGAGGCAGUAUAACCCAGGGCAAAUAGGCCUUGUGCCCUCUUCUGGACUCAUCUUCAAGGCUGAAGACUUCUCUGGGUACCUAUGAUUAGUUACCCCUGCAUCAGUCUUGAGAAAGGAACUGGCCCAGCAGUGGGUGGUAGGAGAGAAAAACCCUAAUAUUGCCAGGAGUAAGUACUGAUCCGGCAAGCGCCUGGCUGCAUCACAUACCUGACUUAUGUCUGUUUUAGUGUUACUUAUUUCAGAAACAGAAUUAGGUAAGCAAAAUACCCAGGUGUAUUUGAAAUACAACAGAAUGAAACCAUACCCUUACCUCUAACUUGUCAAAAAUACCAUUUUGCCACAAUUUUCCAGCUGUAUGACUUAACUUGCUUUCAUGUCUGAAGUGGAGGUCAGUUUUGUCUUUAAUGUACAAAAGAGCAUUGGGAUGGAAAACUCUUAGUUCUUUUUGAAUCCUGGCGUGGGGAAAAUAUUUUUCUUGGCAUUGACUAGACAAUGAUCAGUGAUAAAAGUAAAAAAUGGAGCAACAAGGCUACGUGCAGUAGGUUGCUUAAGAAAGGUUCAUCUGUUGGCAGAGAAAUGGUAAUUGAUCAAAUUCUGUUUACUUCUGGCUUCUGUUGUAAUUCCCUCUGUUGAUGUAUAUCUUUAACAGAGAAGACUGAGGCUAAGGAAAUCAUGUUCUUACACAUGUUUAUAAUUGGAAUGUCAGAGCUCAACAGGAAUGUCUCUUGGAAAGGAAUCCUUUUCUUAUUCUUGUAGACUAAGUCUGCUGUGCUGGCUUUCGCAGCUUGAUUUUACACCAGCAGCCGAGGGUUCUGUUUAGAGGGAAAUCUUUGAGUGUGGUGCCAGAGCGCCUUGCCAUUUUCUAAGCCUGGGGUUGAGUAGAUACGCCAUCUUUUUUUGAGAGGUGGCUCUUGGUUAGAACAGAAAGGUGAUGACUUGGUCAUAUCUUGGCAGCAGCUAGAGCAGACUUUGAACAAAGAUAGAGGAAAUGAAAAUAUUUCCCUUAGCAUUGGAGACAGAUGUAAAAGAGAACAUGUUUAGCCCUUGCACCUUCCAAAAAUCCGUAAAUCUCUCGGCUCUGUGAGUAACGUGUUCAAGCCCUCCCUGCCACCCUUGGAAGGAAGGGGUCUUUGUGGUGCGGGGGGGUCGGCAGCCAGGUGAGGAUUAAGAACCAUUAUACUCUCCAGCCUCUCAUUUGAUAGAGAAAACCAUUUCCAGGGGUACAUAGAACUAAGAUUCAGUCCCAGGCCCUGGAGUCCAUUGUACCAAUGGAAGAAUAAUCUCUGUCCACCUAUAGUGUACCAGCCAUGCUUGCCUCUCAUGACUAUCACGUCUUGACUCCUGCUGAAUCAUGCUGAAUCCAAAUCUAUUUUCUUUCUUAAUAAAAUUUGAGGAUGAUUGAGUUUAAGUAGUACCUAUUUAUUUUAUAGUCAAUAUGAAUUGUUUGUUUAUUUGACCAUAAAAGAAUGAAACCAUAUCCUUACCUUGAUACCCAUGCUGGAUAGAUACUGGGAAAAUGAGAGUCAAAGGGCAAACCAGUAAUGAAAUCGCCCCUAGCCUCAGCCUUGUCAUCUACAAGCAUUGUUGGUAUUUCAGUGUUUCCUUCUAAUCUCUGUAUAGAUAGGGUGUGAGUGAGUGGAUUUAACUUUGGUUGUACAAAUGCUGUAUGUUCAGUUUUACAUCAUUUUUCUCAUUUAAUGUCUUGUAUUUUCCCAGGUUAUAAGAGUAGUAUAUUUAUUUAUACUCUUUGGCUGUUAAAAAUGUUUUCCAGACAUGAUGUUAGCCUUUGAGAUUCCCAGAGAAUAUUCUGUAUAAUUAGAGGCACGAAAGAUGUGUUAUUUCUUUGUGUGUUUCACUGCCUCAGGUUUAAGACUUGCUAUUAUGGACGAUUUUUGUAGGUGUUACGCUAAUGCUCUUAAAAUUAAAAAGGUAUGUGACAAGGAAUUUCUCCA